GAAGAAGAUGGAUCUCUAAAAAGAAUCACUGCUCCUUUUUUUUAUUUCUCGGAUCGGUAGAUAUGAUCUCUAAUCCACGUCUCUUGUUCUACUCUUGCAUUGCAAAAGGAACAGUGAUUCUCGCCGAGUUCUCUUCCAAGGACGAGCCAGAGAUCGAAGCUCUUGCUUUGCGAUGCAUCCAAAACAUACCUCCUCAUCAUUCCAUGAUCUCUCACACUGUCCGUAAGAGGACAUACGCUUCGAUCAUAGACGGUUUGUUUACGUAUUUCGCCGUUUUAGACGAAGCUGUAACAAAACCAGAGUCUCUCUGGCUCUUCAGCUGCUUGAAAACAGCUAUGGAGGAUGUAAUUUCAGACGGAUCUGCGUUGGAGAACCCGACACAACUCUGUCUCCAAUCAAAACUCGAUCCUGUUUUUGUCGAGAUCGUUGGUAGUGGUAAUAACAAUAAGGAUUUGGAGAUCAAGAAACCGAGUCUUGAUUCAUCGAAAGAACGCGCGUUGAAGCCGCUUCUGGCAAAGCCAUUGAUGGUGUUGAAGAAGAAUAAGAAGAGGGUACAGACGGAGAUGGAUGUGGGAGGAGGAGGAGGAGGUGUGAUUAGUAGCAGGGGAUUACCAAGAAACGGAUUGAUUCAUGAUCAUCAUCAUAGACAAAAGGCAAAGCAGAUUUGGAAGAAACAUGUGUGGGUUGUCUUGAUGUUUGAUGUAUGUAUCUGUGUUGUUCUGUUUGGAAUCUGGCUUUGGGUUUGUCAAGGGUUACAAUGCAUCCAAGGGUAGAAGAUACUAUCUAUCAUUACAAAAGCAGAGCUUCUUGUUUUAUGCUAUUACAAAGAUAUUUUUCUUUUUUUUUUAAAUCCAAGGUGUUGUUUCCAGGGUUACAUGCUGGCUUUACACCUUUGUGAUGAUGUUUACUAUUGUGUGUGGCUUUUUGAAGUUUUUCUUCAUGAUGCAAAAGAAAAUAUAGUGUUUGUAAAAGUAAUGUAUCUUUCGUUUUCUUGGAUGUCAAUUUCUUCAGGUGUGUUGUGUGGUUGAGACGAAAGAUGGAUGUAGCCAGAUCCAGUUACAUUAUUAUUACUUGAUUAUGUUAG